AUGGAGGACGACGGCAGCCUGCUCCCGGAGGACGACGGCAGCCUGCUCCCCGAGGACGGGCUUUUGGAAGAUGAAAGAGAUGAAUUAGAGGAUCCGGAGUUUGACAUCAGAUGUCUCCUGCAGGAAGCUGAGGAUGACAUGGACCCAGGACACAGCAGCUCAGUGAAGGAACUAGAUACUGGUGCUGAUAAAUUGAAGAAGAAAACAGCUGAAGACAGAACGCAGGCAUUUCACCUGCGACAGAACCUGAGCGCCCUGGAUAAGAUGCAUGAGGAGCAGGAGCUUUUCAUUGAGAAGAUGAGAGGGGAGCUGCGCACCUGUCGGCAGAGGCAGGACCUGAUCGGCAAGCAGCAGGAGGCUGUGGCAGCCGAGAUCGCCACAGAGGGAGAGGCGGGCAACAUGGCCACUGUGGGCCGUCUCCAGGCUGUGUCCAGACGCCUGUUUGUGGAGCUGGAGAAUGAGAGAGACCUGCAGUCGAGGACUGAGGCCGUGCUGAAGGAGAGCGAGAACGCCAUGUGGCACAUUGAGAUCCAGGAGGGGCGACUCGAGGCCUUCCGGACAGCUGACCGUGAGGAGGCAGAGGCUGCGGGGCGGCGGCUCCAGGUGCGUGCAGCCCAGCAGCUCUGCAGGGAGCAGGAGGCCCUGGGGAAGAUGGAGCGGAACUGGCUGCUGAGAAUCCGGAAGUCCCUGCACACCCAGAAGGAGCUCGGGCUCAGGCACCAGAAGCUGCUGGAGGAUGCCCGGAAGAACCACAAGGUUGCCGUGCGGUUCCUGAAGGCCUCCCUGGGAAGAAUCCAAGAGCAAGAGAAGAAGGAGGAGAUGAAGUGCCAGGAGCACAUGAGGCGACGCAUGGAUGCGGUGGUGGCGCUGAAGGGCAGCAUCUCCGCGAACCGGGACACACUGCGGAAGUUCCAAGCAUGGGGCCAUGCCAAGGCAGAGCUGGCGGAGCAGAGGGUCCAGGCUGAGAAGAAGGUGAUUCUGGCCCAGGGCGGGGAUGCGUUCAGGCACCUUGUCCACCAGCGCCGGCGCCAGGAGCUGGAGGCCCAGAAGAGGACCUUUGAGGAGGAGCAGAAGCUCAGAAAGCAGGAGAUCGUCAGUCGGAUUCUGAAAGAGGAGGCUGAGGAGGACAAAAGAAAGAAACGGCGUCCCCCGACCAAUGCCACUCACCGGCCGACCCUGAGGGACAAGACCUGGAACUACAUCUCCGACUUUUGCGAGAAGACCACAGCCCCAACCAACACGUACACGCUGGACUACGAGGCUGCUGCAGGCCCCGGGCCCUCUCGGUUGGUGGACGUCAUCUCCAGUGAGCUUAUCCAGGGGGACCCCGGGGCCAGUUCAGAGGAGGAAACGUUAGCUGAGCCCGAGAUCUCCGGGCUUUGGAACGAAGACUACAAGCCGUACCAGGUGCCCAAGGAGGACGUGGACCGAAAGCCUGUGGGCGGGACGAAGAUGGACAAGGACAUUCUGGCACGAACAGUGGAGAGACUGCGGAGCAGGGUGGUCCACAAGCAGGUGGUGCUGGGGCGUGAGUUCCAAGGUCGCCCCUUCAACAGCAAACCAGAGCUCCUGCACUUCAAGGACUUUGAUAUUGGCAAAGUGUACAAGAAAAAGAUCGCGUUGGUAAACACCACCUACACGAUCAACUACUGCAAGCUGGUGGGCGUGGAGGAGCACCUCCGGGACUUCAUCCAUGUUGACUUUGACCCCCCGGGCCCCCUGUCAGCCGGGAUGUCCUGCGAAGUGCUUGUCACCUUCAAGCCCAUGAUAAACAAAGAUCUAGAAGGAAAUAUCUCAUUUUUGGCUCAGACGGGCGAGUUUUCAGUUCCAUUGAAAUGUUCAACUAAGAAAUGUUCGCUGUCCCUCGACAAGGAGCUCAUUGACUUCGGCAGCUACGUGGUGGGAGAGACCACGUCUCGGACCAUCACACUGACCAACACUGGGGGCUUGGGCACGAGUUUCAAGUUCCUGCCAGCUUCAGAGCCCUGCGAGACAGACGACUCCCAGUCCAUCCUGAAAUUAAGCAGCCUCCUGACCUACGAAGAUAAAAGCUUGUAUGACAAAGCUGCCACCAGCUUAUCUGAGCAGCAGCUAGAGGGCACGGAGUCUUCCCAGGCGGACAUGCAGAGCCGGAAGGAGCUGGAGAAGCUGGACAAGGAGCAGGAGGAGGAGCAGCCCACAGAGCCGGAGAGAUUAACCACAGCAAUACCUCCCAGCGAAGAGCAGACGGAGAUCACGCUGGGGGAGAUCACAGUGGGGGAAAUUGGCCCCUUCAGCUCCAUCAAGGUGCCCGUCAUCUUCACCCCGGUCGUCCCAGGAAACGUUCAAGCCAGGUUCAAGGUCAUGUUUAAGAACCCCCAGUGCCCAACGCUGCAUUUCAGGGUCAUGGGCGUGGCCAUCGAUGUGCCGGUCUGGGUGCCAAAGCCCAGCGUGGACCUGAAGAUCUGUAUGUACGACCGGCUCUACCAGGACUCUGUGCUUGUGCACACACGGUCGAAAGCUGCCCUGCGCCUGAAGUUCGAGGUGUGCAAGGAGCUGAGGGCCCACCUGGAGCUCCUGCCUGAGACAGGCUACAUCCAGGCACAGUCAUCCUACUCCGUGCAGCUCAAGUUCCUGCCGCGACACUCCCUGCCGGAGGAUGCGGGGAGGUAUUUUGACAAGGAGACCCGAGUCCUGGAGGCCCCGAUGACCAUAUGGGUGGCUGACCAGAACAAGCCAGUGGAAUUCACCGUGCAUGCCAUUGUCACCACCUCGGACCUGGAGCUCAGUCCCUCGGAGGUGGAUUUUGGCUACUGCACCAUCUACGAGGCCGUCAGGACAGAAAUCAGCCUCCACAACCACUCGCUCCUGCCCCAGGAGUUUGGGUUCGUCAAGCUUCCCAAGUUUGUGGACGUGCAGCCCAACGAUGGGUUUGGGACGAUCCUGCCCCUGGAAACGCUGCAGUUCGAUGUGAUCUUCCAGCCCACCAAGGCCGAGGAACACAGCUUCAAGCUGACCUGCAAGUCUGAGAUCAACCGGUGCUUUAAGCUGUCUUGCCGGGCUGUGGGCGUCCACCCACCCCUGGAGCUGUCCCACUACCAGAUCAAGUUUGCGGCCACGGCCCUGUAUGACACCUCCGUGGCCACAGUGUACGUCAUCAACUCUCACCUGAGCGCGAGCUCACGGACCCACUCCAAGCCCCGCAUUGGCUCAGAGGACGCCUCUCCCGUGGGGCCCAUGUCCUUCGAGUUCCUGCUGCCCCCAGACUCGCCUAUCACCAUCUCGCCCUCGGUGGGGACCGUGUGGCCAGGAAAGAGGUGCCUGGUCCAGGUGGCCUUCCGGCCCGUGCUGCCCGAGAAGCUGAUCCGCCAGGAAGCCCUCCCACUCCUGAACAAAGAAAUGGAGACCAAAUCCUUCCGAAAGGGUACGACCUCCCAAAGGAAGGACCUGCACAGACUGUCACUCUCCGUUCUUCGAAUGCAGAACCGCGACAAGCUAUUCAAAGUCUCUGUCCCCCACGUCCUGGAGCUGCGGAAGCGGGAGCUGAAGCCCAGUUCCGACGAGUACCAGGCCGCCCGAGCCACCCUGGUCAGAGCGUUCCAGGCGAAGUUUGACACAUUUGUAAUUCCCUGUGUUGUUGCCAGUGGUGACAUCAAAGACAGGAAAGGGUCAGAACCCCCAAGCUUCAGCCCCCACAACACCCUCUACCUGGAGCUGUGGUGCCCGACGGUGGCGCCGUCUGUUGUGGUGACGUCCCACAAAGGCAAGACCAUCUUUAACUUCGGCGACGUCGCCGUGGGGCACCGCAGUAUCAAGAAGGUCUCCAUUCAGAACGUCUGUCCCGAGGAUCUGGCCCUGGACUUCUCCCUGCUGAACCCCAAUGGCCCCUUCGUCCUGCUGAACCACUCCAGCCUGCUGCGCGCGGGUGAGACCCAGGUCCUGGUGCUGUCCUUCUCUCCCCACGAGAGCAUCCUGGCUCAAGAAACACUGGACAUCAUUACCAAGAGAGGCACGCUCACCCUCACCCUCGUGGGCACUGGCGUGGCGUCCAUGAUCACGUGCUCCAUUGAAGGCAGCAUCCUCAACAUGGGCUACGUGAUCGCCGGAGAGUCUGUGUCCUCAGGCUUCAAGCUGCAGAACAGCUCCCUGCUCCCCAUCACGUUCUCCAUACACCUGGACAGUCUCUCCAGCGCCCGGGACCAGGACCAGCAGCAGCUGCCGCAGUUCCUCAGCUCGCCCUCCCAGAGGACGGAGGUGGUCGGGACGCAGAAUCUCCACGGUCAGAGUGUGUUCAGCGUGGCCCCUGUCAAGGGCGUCAUGGACCCCGGGAAGACGCAGGACUUCACUGUCACCUUCAGCCCCGACCACGAGAGCCUCUACUUCUCCGACCGGCUCCAGGUGGUGCUCUUUGAAAAGAAAAUCUCCCACCAGAUCCUGCUGAAAGGGGCCGCCCGUGAGCACAUGAUGUUCGUGGAGGGCGGGGACCCCCUGGACGUGCCCGUGGAGUCUCUGACGGUGAUCCCCGUAUUUGACCCCAAGCACAGAGAGGCCAGCUCCCGGCCAGGCCCUCCCUCUCCAGAAGCCGAGGAGCUGAGGCCCAUCCUGGUGGCCCUGGACUACAUCCAGUUUGACACAGACACGCCAGCCCCACCUGCCACCCGAGAGCUGCAGGUGGGCUGUAUCCGGACCACCCAACCAUCUCCAAAGAAGACUGUUGAGUUCAGCCUGGACAGUGUCACAUCCCUGCAGCACAAGGGUUUCUCCAUUGAGCCCUGCCGGGGCUCCGUGGAGCGCGGCCAGACGAAGACCAUCAGUAUCUCCUGGGUGCCGCCUGCGGACUUUGAUCCAGACCACCCACUCAUGGUGUCGGCCCUGCUGCAGCUCAGGGGGGAUGUGAAGGAGACCUACAAGGUCAUCUUUGUAGCCCAGGUGGUGACCAGCCCCUAA